AUGGCGCCAGCCAGAGCAGGAUUCUGCCCUCUGCUGCUGCUCCUGCUGCUGGGGCUGUGGGUGGCCAGACCAGUCAGCGCCAAGCCCGGGAACAUGACCCCAGCUCAGUGGUUUGAAACUCAGCAUGUGCAACCCAGACCUCAAGGAUGCAGCACUGCAAUACACAAAAUCAACAAGUUCUCUAAGCACUGCAAAGACUUCAGCACCUUUCUGCAUGAAUCCAUCUACUGCAUGGUCAUCACCUGUCAGACCCCCAACAUAGCCUGCAAGAAUGGUCAUAAAAACUGCCACCAGAGCCAAAAGCCUAUAUCCCUGACUACGUGUGAGCUCCUCUCAGGAAGGUGUCCAGACUACAGGAACAAGGAGAAGCAACUGGAGGCAUUCUUCAUCAUAGCCUGGGACCUGCCACAACAGAAGGAUGACCUGAGGUACCAGCUGGUCCUGCGCUUUUGGAUAAUGUUGUCUAAGGCCAAGUGUUCCCCUCACCCCAAGCUCUGCAGACUCCUGACACUGUGGCUGCCUUUUCUCCCUUGA